AUGGGGAGGAAGAUGAAGUUUUCUUUCCUCUCCAAUGCCAAUGCCAAAAAUUCUUGGCAAUGGCUGCCUUCUUGUCACCAGCCCAGAACUCUCUCUUUCCGAACACAUAACAACAACACUCUUUUCAGUACCAUCAACUCAGCUUACUUAGAUUCCAUUGAUGAAAUAGCUGAUGAUGAUCUUCCAUUAGAGACUGUCAUUCGAGGUUUGAAGUCGGAUAGGCUGUUUUUCGAGCCUGGAAAGACCAGUUCAAUCAUGGAAGAGGCAACAAAAAGGACUGAAGAAGAAGGAGAAGACGACGACGAUGAUGAUAUUGGUGGGUUUCCUUUUAAAGAGAGUGUAGCGUUGUCAAUGGAGUCUCGAGAUCCGUACGUCGAUUUCAGGGAAUCCAUGGAAGAAAUGGUUGAAGCUCUGGGGUUAAAAGAUUGGGAAGGGCUUGAACAACUAUUGUUCUGGUAUUUGAGAGCCAAUGGGAAAUGCAACCAUGGUUACAUCAUUGGUGCCUUUCUUGAUUUUCUUGUAGGUCGACUCGCCAUUAAUGUUUCUAAUUCAAAAUCUGAUAAUACCCAUUCACUUUCUUCUGCUCUAUCUUUCAACACUUCUUCUCCUUCGUCUUCGUCUUCUUGUUUGUCCUCCUCUGAGGCUUGCUCUUCGACAACGAUUCCUUGUGUUUCUCCAUUAGAAGCCGAGAAAGAGAUGCACCAUGGUUGCCGUUGUUUAUCUUCUUCUUCUCCACUAUCAGAUCAAAAGGGAGAGAUGAUUAUAGUUAAAGGUGCUGAAGAUGAUGAUGAAGCUUCUUCGUCUUUUUUAGUUGUUUGA